GGUUACCUCCCCUGAAAGUACACAGCUGUACAGCUGACCCCCUGACCCCGGCGCUUAAAUACUCACGUCUUGAACCAAGUCGAGCAUACAAUAAAUAGUGGACAAACAGCUAAGAAUCCACAAUGAGGUCACUCUUCGUUCUUUUUGCGAUCCUCCUGGCCCACUCUGAGGCCAGACUACAGCUCUCUAGACAGUCCUACAUGAAAUUACCCUACCAGUUUACCAACGGGGACCCCACUAACCCGCGAUACGGUCUCUUCCAGAAUGCCGCCCACAAAGCAGCCUUCCACACCGUAGAUAAAAUUCUUUACGUCGCUUCUGCGCGAUCAACAGAGAAAUACCUCCACAUUAUUGACAUGAACAAUCCCGCCAGUCCCUCCAUCUUGAUGACGCACGUGUUCGAUAACGCCGUUGACGGAAUGAUCACCUCCGUCAAGGCGUGCACAGACACCAUCGCCGUAACCUUGACCGCUGCUGACCCAGUAUCUGAAGGUCAUAUCGAGCUCUUCACACCGUACAACAGGGCUGACCGGGUAUUUACCAGAGUCGGAAGAAUAGCUGUGGGAGUUCACCCAAAGGAUAUGGCUGCUACUAGCGACUGUACGAGAUUGGUUGUUGCUAAUGAGGGUCCAGUUGCUAUCAACCCGGUGUCAGGUACCCUCAGUGAUCCCGAGGGCUCAGUCACGAUCAUAGUUAGGAACGAUCAGGGCUUCCCAGUAGAAAUCAACAUGGGCUUCCAACAGCUUAACGACAGAGUUGUUGAUUACAUAACUAAUGGUGUUCGAUAUGUUUUCCGUGGAGACCACGGCGUUGGAAUAGUCAACACAUUUUCACAGGAUCUCGAGCCCGAGUCAGUGACCAUCAGUAACGAUGAUAGAUUCGCUUUCGUCUCAUGUCAGGAAAACAACGCUGUUUUGAAAAUUGACCUGUUCAAUCAAAGGAUAAUCGAGCUUUACGCUCUGGGAGCCAAGAACUGGACAAGUUAUAACCUUGAUGCUAGCGACCAGAACGACGCUGCCAAUCUGCGUUUCCACACUGUCUACUCGUUCUACCAGCCAGGCAAACUUGCUUAUGGGGUCGUUGAUGGUAAAGGAUACCUUGUUUCCGCCGAUACCGGGAAAACAAAGACCCUGACAACGGCACAACAUGGCUAUGCUUUCUCUGACAACACCAGAGCGAGAGUUGCGUAUAAUGAUGGUGAACUUGAUAUUACUACAAUGGACCCCACUCUUCUGUCUCAAAUACAAGAUAACCAACAGCUGGGAAGAGUACACAUGAGCCGAGUAGAUGGUUAUAACAUUUUCAACAGAAUCGGUGACGUUUUCCUCUUUGGUGGGCGUGGCAUUUCUCUGUGGGAUUCCACCACAAUGGCUCACGUGUUUGACAGUGGGGAUGAUUUAGAGAGAAGAGCCUCUCAAUUCUAUCCAAACACUUUCAAUGGAGAUUGUUCAAACGGCAACCAAUCUCCAACACAGCAAGUUGACGAGAGGUCCGAUGAUAUGGGUCCUGAGCCUCAGGCUUUGGCUACGGGCACUGUGGGCACCACGCCCGUUCUGAUUGUGGGCUCCAGAAACGGCCUCAUUUACGUCUUUAACAUGAGGGGGGUCAGCGCCAACUUUGAAAGCGUCCACCGUGAGGGCUCUACGAACGAUAUCUGGAACAACCUGUACGCUAACGACGCCGCCGGCGACCAGAUGAUCUCCGACAUAGGUUUUGUCGGGGCGGGAGACAGCCCAUCUGGUACCCCAUUCGUCUACGUCAUCGGACAAGCCACGGGAUCUCUCUCCGUUUAUAAUGUUGUUGAUGUACCUGACAUAUUCUAAAUAUUUUUUUUACUAAAACAUUGUUUUAUUUUAUGUCUUGUGUUUUGUUAUUUGUUACACUAACUUAAUAAAAAUAAAAAUUACUAAUAUUCAAA